AGGUCAACACUCAUUAGUGAACUUUUAAUUAACAAAUUCAAAUUGGUAAGCUAAAUUAAGGAUUAGAUAAAUAUCAUUAAUCAAAAAUGGUAUUGCCGCUAAAAAGAAAUUUCCUCUCUUCUUCAGACUCGAGCGUAACAACAAUGGCGGAACUCGUGGUUGAUGAAGUUUACCUUAAGGAGAUCGACAAGGCUCGCCGUGAGCUCCGUGCUCUCAUCUCUCAGAAAAAUUGCGCCCCGAUCAUGCUCCGAUUGGCGUGGCAUGAUGCUGGAACUUAUGAUGCUAAAUCGAAGACUGGUGGACCUAAUGGCUCGAUUAGGAACGAAGAAGAGCAUAGUCAUGGUGCUAACAGUGGUUUGAAGAUCGCUAUCGAUCUCUGUGAGGAAGUGAAAGCUAAACAUCCCACAAUCACUUAUGCGGACCUAUACCAGCUUGCGGGUGUUGUAGCGGUUGAAAUUACUGGUGGACCUGACAUCAGUUUUGUUCCUGGAAGAAAAGAUUCAAAUGCCUGCACCGAAGAAGGAAGACUUCCUGAUGCUAAUCAAGGUUUCAAACAUCUUAAAGAUGUCUUCUAUCGGAUGGGACUGUCUGAUAAAGAUAUUGUGGCACUCUCAGGGGCUCAUACUCUGGGAAGGGCUCAUCUAGAGAGAUCAGGUUUUGAUGGACCAUGGACUCGAGAUCCUCUUAAGUUUGAUAACUCAUACUUCGUGGAAUUGCUGAAAGGAGAAGAAUAUUCAGAGGGUUUGCUGAAACUUUGGACGGACGAGACUUUGUUGGAUGUACCAGAGUUCCGUCGUUAUGUUGAGCUUUACGCAAAGGACGAAGAUGGAUUCUUUAGAGACUAUGCAGAGUCACACAAGAAACUUUCAGAGCUCGGUUUCACACCAACUGAUUCAGUCACUAAGGAGGAGACUCAGAGGAUCAUUACUCUGGAACUAAAACUUUCAAAGCUUGGAGUCGCAGUCGUUGCUGCUGUUGUGGCAUUUAGCUGCUUCAGUGAAAUCCACAAAAGGAUGAAGUAAAUGAGAUAAGAAAGACGAAACGAUUCCUCUAACCUUCUCUGGAUUUCUGGCUUUUGUUGGAAGUCUUUGCAUGCAUUUAUCAAGAUAAUAUGAACUAGUUCUGAAACAAAGAUAAAUUCCUACA